AUGCCCUCAGAUCUGGCGUCGUCUCGGAGAACGAAUCGGGGAUUUCUCGGUUCUGAUAGCUCUGCUCUGUCUUCGCAAGAUAAACAGGAUCGCCAUCAGCUUCGCUACGAACUCGAUCUAAACUCAUGGAACCUGCGGAUCUGGGGAGUUGCAGCUUCAGGGUUUCUGACGGAUUCAUAUAACUUGUUCUCCACAAACGUCAUAUUCUCCUCGAUCGCUUUUGUUUAUUUUCCAGAUGGUGGACAAUGGUGCAGCCUGCUGAUCAAUAUUUCCACCCUCUUGGGUUCCGUGGUGGGCCAAUUGCUCUUUGGAUUUCUCGCCGACUACUUUGGGCGGACGCGGUUAUACGGAAUCGAGCUGGUGCUGGUGAUUGUUCCGACCCUAGGGGCCGCAACGUGUAGUCGCGGAGUUGACAAUCUAUCAUUCACCGGCCUCUUCGUAUGGUGGCGAUUUGUCAUGGGAAUUGGCAUCGGCGCCGAAUAUCCCCUCAGUGCCGUGAUUACUUCAGAGUGGUCUAGCACUCAAUCAAGAGCAACGAUGCUCUCGAGCGUAUUCCUCAUGCAACCCAUCGGACAAGCGCUGGCGCAGUUGGUGGGACUCUGGGUGUUGCUGGGCCUUGGAAGCGCAAAGAAGCUACGGAGCUUGCAGUGUGGCCUCAACUCUGCGCAUCAGGACGAAUGUCGCCAAGCCGUCGACGGUGUAUGGCGUAUUGUCAUCGGCUCAGGAGCAAUACCGGCUCUCCUGGCCAUUAUAUUCAGGUUCUUCCUCUACGACUGCGGCCUGUACAGCCUCGAAGUUCGCAAAAAGCCCGACGUGGCUCUCCUCAACACCCAGCGGGUGUACGGAACGCCGUCGGGAGUCGGCGGCCCUCACCUGCAGAGUCAAAAUACUUUGCACUCCGAGGCAUCACCGCGGCCCGCGCCGAUUCAGUUCUCCAGGCAAGACCUGUACAACUACUUCAUCCGAGACCGCAACUGGCACUAUCUGUUAGGAACGGCCAUGACGUGGUUCUUCCUCGACGUCAGCUUCUUUGGCGUCUCCUUGGAUAACAGGAAGACAUUGUCCGAGAUGUGGGCUACGGGAGAACUCGUGCCCCUAGAUGGCCGACUUGAGUGCUGGCGGUCAUCAAUACCUGGGGGGCAUCCUACCGUCCCUCAGUGGGCCAAGACAAGAAUGCCCCUGUGGCAGACCAAUAUCUGGGACCCGUGUGCCACGAUCUACGAUGUCCUGAUUAACCAAGCCAUGCAUUACUUGUUGACAGUGUCCAUCGCAUCCGUCGCCGGAAGCGUUUGCUUCAUAUACUUUGCGAACCGUCUUCCUCGACGACGCUGGCUCACCGCAUCCUUCCUCAUCCUGGCGGUGUGUCUCAUCAUUACCGGGGGUGUUUACUAUGCAGUUCAUCGGACAGCUGCUGCCCCGGCGACGGCCGUUUGCGUUGCGAUUUGUCAUUUUGUUUUCAACUUUGGCGCAAACACGCUGACGUUCAUCAUUCCGGCCGAAAUCUUCCCUACGUGCUACCGGUGCACCUGCCACGGCAUCUCCGCUGCCGCCGGCAAGCUCGGCAGCAUCGUAGCCGUGCUGCUGGUGUAUGGCAUCAACUCGACAUUCAAGAGCGACACGAGGCAGGGCCUCAUCUUCCUCCUGUUCGGCUCCGUCGCCGCCACGGGGGCUCUCUUCUCGUGGCUCUUUCUGCCCGACGUCCAGCGCGUGGUGGAGGACGACGGCAAGAGCAUCUUGGAGACCAAGGAUCUGGAGGAGCUGGGUGAGGGCAGAGAAAGGGCACGGCAAAACGGCGAGACGGUGACGGUUGAAGACAAGUGGGACAAUCUGAGGGAGAAUCGCAAGAAGAGUCUGAAGAGGAGGGGAUUACAUCAGCGCCAAGAGACACUGUUGCCGUAG